AUGAGAGUCCAGCUGGCAUGCCUGCUGCUCGGCGCUCUGCUCGUUUGCGUCUCCGCAGCCAGCUUACAUCGAGGGUCUGGUACAUCAAACUGUGGCUGUCUGAAUGGAGGAACCUGUAUAUCCUACAAGUAUUUCUCCAACAUUCAGCGAUGCAACUGCCCAAGAAAAUUCCAAGGAGAAUACUGUGAGAUAGAUACUUCAAAAACCUGCUACCAAGGAAACGGUUACUCGUACCGAGGGAAGGCCAACACGGACACUAUGGGCCGUCCCUGCCUGGCCUGGAACUCUGCCUCUGUCCUUCAGAAAACAUACCAUGCACACAGACCUGAUGCUCUUCAGCUAGGCCUGGGGAAACACAAUUACUGCAGAAACCCAGAUCACCAGAAACGGCCUUGGUGCUAUAUCCAGGUUGGCCUAAAGCAACUUGUCCAAGAGUGCCUGGUGCAUGACUGUUCUUUGGGAAAAAAACCCCAUUCUCCUCCAAAAAAAUCAGAGUUUCAGUGUGGCCAGAAGGCUAUAAGGCCCCGCUUUAAGAUUAUUGGGGGAGAAUUCACAACCAUCGAGAACCAACCGUGGUUUGCAGCCAUCUACAGGAAGCACCGAGGAGGCUCAGUUACCUACGUGUGUGGUGGAAGCCUAAUCAGUCCUUGCUGGGUGGUCAGCGCCACACACUGCUUCAUUAAUUACCAGAAAAAGGAGGACUACAUAGUCUACCUGGGACGGUCGAGGCUUAAUUCCAAUAUGCCUGGGGAGAUGAAGUUUGAAGUGGAAAAUCUAAUUUUGCAUGAGCACUAUAGUGCAGAGACACUUGCUCACCACAAUGAUAUUGCUUUGCUGAAGAUCCGUUCCAAAAUGGGUCAGUGUGCCGAGCCAUCCCGGACCAUACAAACCAUCUGCCUGCCCCGACGGUAUGGGGAUGCCCAUUUUGGUACAAGCUGUGAGAUCACUGGCUUUGGAAAAGAGAAUUCUACUGACUAUCUCUAUCCGGAGCAGCUGAAAAUGACUGUUGUAAAGCUGGUUUCCCACCAGGAAUGUCAGCAGCCCCACUACUAUGGCUCUGAAGUCACCUACAAAAUGCUGUGUGCUGCCGACCCACAGUGGGAAACAGAUUCCUGCCAGGGAGACUCGGGUGGACCUCUGGUCUGCUCCACUCAAGGCCACCUGACUCUGACCGGGAUUGUGAGCUGGGGCCGUGGGUGUGCCCUGAAGGACAAGCCAGGGGUCUAUACAAGGGUCUCAGAAUUCCUGCCCUGGAUCCGCACUCACAUCAGAGAAGAGGAGAAUGGUCUCAUCCUCUGA